GCCUGCCCACCCCACGCCAGCCGCGCGCAGCCUGCCGGGAGAUGCUCGGGGCCCUGAGCGCGGCCAGCGCCACCCUGGGGCACAAGGCGGCAGGUUGCGUGAGGACCAUGGCCUGCCACCAGCUGCUGGUGCCCCCCCCAGCGGCCCUGCGCAAGCCCCUGUCCGUCCCCAGGCGGCUCCUGCUGGGGCCCGGCCCCUCCAACCUGUCCCCGCGCGUCCUGGCGGCGGGCGGGCAGCAGAUGAUAGGGCACAUGCACCAGGAGAUGUUCCAGAUCUUGGACGAGAUCAAGCAAGGCAUCCGGUACGCCUUCCAGACCAGGAACCCCCUGACGCUGGCCAUCAGCGGCUCGGGGCACUGCGCCCUGGAGGCCGCCCUGUUCAACCUCCUGGAGCCGCGGGACUCCUUCCUGGUCGGGGUCAACGGCGUCUGGGGGCAGCGGGCCCAGGACAUCGGGGAGCGCAUUGGGGCUCACGUGCACCCGAUGAUCAAGGACCCUGGAAGCCACUUCACGCUGCAGGAGGUGGAGGAGGCCCUGGCCCAGCACAAGCCCGUGCUGCUGUUCCUGACCCAUGGAGAGUCCUCUAGCGGUGUGCUGCAGCCCCUCGAUGGCUAUGGGGAGCUCUGUCACAGGUACAGGUGCCUGCUCCUGGUGGACUCAGUGGCAUCCCUGGGUGGGGCCCCCGUCUACAUGGACCAGCAGGGCAUCGACGUCUUGUACUCUGGCUCCCAGAAGGUCCUGAACGCCCCUCCAGGCACCUCGCUCAUCUCCUUCAGCGACAAGGCCCGAAAUAAGAUCUACACGCGGAAGACCAAGCCCGUCUCCUUCAACCUGGACAUCAAGUGGCUGGCCAACUUCUGGGGCUGCGAUGACAAGCCCAGGAAGUACCACCACACCCUCCCCGUCAUCGGCUUGUACAGCCUGAGAGAGAGCCUGGCCCUGCUGGCCGAGCAGGGCCUGGAGAACAGCUGGCGGCAGCACCAGGAAGCCACCGCGUACCUGCACAGACGCCUGCAAGGGCUGGGCCUGCAGCUUUUCGUGAAGGAUCCGGCGCUGCGGCUGCCCACUGUCACCACCGUGGUGGCACCUGCCGGCUAUGACUGGAGAGACAUCAUCAGCUAUGUCAUGGACCAUUUCAACAUCGAGAUCACGGGCGGCCUUGGGCCCUCGACGGGGAAGGUGCUGCGGAUUGGCCUGCUGGGCUGCAAUGCCACCCGAGAGAACGUGGACCGAGUCAUCGAGGCCCUGCGGGAGGCCCUGCAGCACUGCCCCCGGCACAAGCUGUGACCUGGUGGCCUGUCCCACGCCCACCCAGGGACUGGGGGUGGGGGCCCAGGAGCAAACUGACUCUGCAAGGAGGGGCGGGCCUGUGGGCAGGGCAGCCGCUGCCCACCCCGGGCACGGUGGGGGCGGGCAGGACAGGGAAGCUGCCCAGCUCCAGGCAGCACUUCUUCCAGCGCGGCUUCCUGGGCUCAGCCCCCCAUGGGCCACAGUCCCCACCGGCCACUGGCCUUCUGUGAAUGUUUAAUAAAGAAGCGGCUGGUUA